CAACAGUUGGCAAUGGUCGAGCAGUGGUCACUAUACUGGGCCGAUGCUAGGUCACCGGCCAUUUGAUGGAUCUCGUGUUAGUAGUACUAACGACAAGGCUGGAUCGGCUACCUUGCUGCAAAGAUUUGUGUUGUCAAGAACCAUUGAGAAUUUUGGAAACAUCGACAAGGUUCCAUGUCCGUCAAAUGCAUUAUGAAAGGUAAACGGGUAAAUCUAAUUAUCUAUCAAGAGGUUCGGGUGCCCUAGUACACAUAGGCACCCAGAGGGGGGACUAGAAGCU